GUCGCCCUGCAAUACGCUAAUGUUUCAUAUUCGACACUGCCAAAGUUGCACGACUUCAUUUUGGGAACAUUAUUUUUAAACGUUUACCGCAUAGUUUUGUAUAAAAAAGUAUUUUUCCACAGGUUUAUUCUAAGCUGUUUUACAGAAAACGUUUAUAGGAAGAAAAUGGCACUCGUAAAACCAAAGUCUGAAUUGACGCCUGAAGAACUGGCACGCCAGGAGGAGGAAGAAUUCAAUACUGGCCCACUAUCCGUACUAACACAAUCUGUGAAGAAUAAUACACAAGUUCUAAUUAAUUGCCGCAAUAACAAAAAGCUGCUUGGACGCGUUAAGGCUUUCGAUCGCCACUGUAAUAUGGUAUUGGAGAGUGUGAAGGAAAUGUGGACUGAGUUGCCGCGCACAGGCAAAGGGAAGAAAAAAGUUAAGCCGGUUAACAAAGACCGGUUCAUAUCAAAAAUGUUUUUGCGCGGAGAUUCGGUUAUAUUGGUAUUACGAAAUCCCUUGGCUACUGCCGCUGGAAAGUGAGAGUCGCUUAAUGAAGCAUAUUUAGUGAAUAAAUAAUUAGGUCUAAGUCUAACUGGGAGUGAAUAAACUCAGUACUAAUUGAUAAAAAAACAGUAAAAA